GGCGACAAGAAGGCUCGCAACAUGCACCUCGGCAAGGUGAAGGACAUGGGCUUCAACAAGAAGCAGGCGGGGCUCAUCAAUGCGCUGCUUAAGCAGGUCCUCCUGGCCACGCAGAUGGUUCGUGACCUGUGGGCGGUGAAGCGCGACAGUGCUUGGGUGGAGGUGCAGCCAGGCGAGUUGUAUAACAUCCGCCGUCUCUUCCGCGUGAUCAAGUGCUUCGACCCGCCGACGCGCAAGGUGAACAUCAUGAUGCGGGAGGUGCCGAUGGACCAGCCCUCGCUCGAGUCCGACGAGCAGCCUCUGCCUUCGCCCACGCUCGUCCGCAGCUUGCUUCAAAGGGCGCUGGCCGAGGUCGGGGCUCGCUGGGCCCUGGGCGCGGCGCCGCGGGGCGCAAUGGAGGAUAUCGUGCAGAACGCGGUCGACGGUCAG